AUGCCGGCCAGUGAAGGAUCUACCAAUGGUUCUCCAGGAUCAGGGGGUUCAGACGAACUGUUCUCUAUAAUUGACGAAGAUGGACGUCCAAAGGAGCGUUGGGCUCCUCUGGGUGCCACUUCAAGUCCUGAGCCUUCCUGUUCUUCAGCUCACCACAAUAUGAAUUCAGAAUUAACCACCUGGCCAGCACCAGAAUUGUCCAAGUUAGUUGCAGAGAAUGAACAGAUGAAUCAUGCUUUAAUUGCGUUGACUUCACACUUUGCCCAGGUUCAAUUCCGCUUGGGACAGGUCUUAAGCGCAAAGGAAGAGAACAGGGAAGAAAUGCUCAGGUCACUGGAACAAUUUGCCUCUCGUGGUAUUCCCGAUUUGCAGCUUUUCGCGCUUCCUUCAAGUAUUUCAAACGGUUCUGGUGACGUUCCAACUGGCUUUCAUCCAAAGCCUCAGAAAUUGAUCGAAGAAUUAAAAUCUCAGCUAGACGAAUUGGAACGUUUUGCUUAUGAGACGGGUGAGCAAAAACAACCUCCGACACAAGCCGUACUAGAAAAGCAACGGCUUGUGCUGGAAGAAUUAUCAAGGAAACUAGAACUGGACAUUGAAAACUUGGGAGAAUUAUCAAACGAGGAGCUCAAAACUAUCGUCAACUCAGCGAUUCAGCAGUUUCUGAAUCCUAUGAAAGUUAACGAGCAACUGGUGGAACAGCUGAAGACGCAAGUUAUUGACCUGGAACGUUUCAUCGAUUUUCUGCAUGGCUCUGGUACGUGUGGUGAUGCGCUGAUGCAGGCCUUACAUGAAUUCAAACGCGCUCACCAACUUGCCGGGUUCGAUUCCACCCAAUAUUCAACCCCCGGGAUUCAGCUAGGUCAUUCACGUCAUCUGAAUACGGAUGUGGCUAGUGGUUCCAACGAGUUUGCUGCCCACAUGGGUGAAGAGGGUGGAUCACCAGUGUUUCGUGACAAGCGCCCACGUGACCGUACUAUCACGCUUCUCCAACGCGCGGUUGCAAUUCUACACAUCUUUGCCUCUGUCCACUUUGGAUCAAGCGUAAGUGAGUGGACGCCGAAGCGCGAGGGAAAGCGCACAUCAGCAGACAAUUUACGGAAUUCUGCUUCUGUGGAACGUGCGAAGGCACAGCAUUGGGGGAUUGCUCGUGCUCAUCUCGAAGUAGCCAUUAAUUUGGUGUUGGAAAAGGUCGAGCUCCUUCGAUCGCUUGAACAAGAAAAAUCCACCAUCGAAUCACAUCAAUCGAGUUGCAUUAUGCAGUCUACGUGCGAGUCAACCGCGAUAAAUCAAGCGACCACUUAUUCUAAAAGACAAGAUCGACUACAAGGUAGACCGCGUGUUGGAUCUUCUCGGUCGCGCCUGUCCUUUGCUAGUGGUGAAUCGAAGUCUGUUCGGCUUGGAGAGAAUGCACAUUUGCAUGAUACAAAAGCCCAUGCUAUCCGAAACGGGUCAGGUGAAACUAUUUUGAACUCAUCUAAUCAGCGUACAAAUUCAGUUUCCAGCUCAUUGACAACAGUUAAGCUGACUUCAGCGGAUACAAGAGAGUUUCUGUAUGCUGAAGCCAACAGGAUGGUAAUUCAUACUGUGCGUCGGCAACUUUGUCCGGCCUUACGUGAUCUGAUAGAACAUGGACUGGUGAAGAAAUCACUUUCGACGGUGGUCGAGGAGCCUUUUCAACGUAACCUGCUGUGGCCGUUUUUCGGUUGCCUGGCUUCACGACGACUCGGUCCCUCCGAAGACGGAUUUGAGUCAGUAGGUGUGGAUGUGGACAAUGAAAUCAAUCAGACCGCUUGCUCAGCAACCGUCAACCACUCGCGAAUUAACAGAUCUGGUCCACACGCCUGGCAUGUGUUUUUGAAGUUCUAUUACAUGAAGAACGGACAGGUUUACAAUGAGUCUCCAGCGCGGAAACUAUCAGAAAGUUUCGAUUUGGACUCGUACGGUGGAAAAGCUAUCACACUUCGACAGCGUUUUUUCAACGCGAUGGGCACCGUUCUGGAAACACAUGGUGCAUAUCACCGUAGUGAUGAUUCCCGAUUCAAGUCUUUUAUCAGUAUAGCACUAAAUGAAGGUCGGUUGGUUCAAUGGCUUCGUAUGGUGCUGAAGAACCAAUCCUUGGUCAGUACCAUUUAUCAACCUUGGAGCUAUACGCUCUCCACUGGUUUCGAUGAUGCACUCCACUCAUUGAACCGACUAUCCAAUCUAGGAAUACAAUUGCCUUACGACUACAGCAUUCGUCAUCUGCGUGAAAUAGGUGAUGCAUUUUAAGUUUCUAUUUUGGCCUAUUGUCGAUACAGCGCAUCCUCUUGUUUUGUUGUCUUUGUGCCAAUCGUUCGAAUCCUAUUCUGCUAGUAUCUUACUGAGUGAAUACAAAUCCGUUCCCUUUGCAUGUUCGCACUGAUUCCUCAGACAUUCAUAUCUUACUUUGCCUUCCUCUCUUCCGCUCCACCUUUACUGUCUGGCUUUGUUGUGAUUCACUUGUCCAAGCCGACUGAUUUCCCCUUAAAACUGGGAGCGUUCCAGAAUGAAUCAUCGUUAUUUGAUCCUCAUAGUCUUGACAAGCGGUUGUAAUCUUGUCCUUUCGAUUGAUCUGUCAAAUUCAUCGUCUUCUUUUCUCCAUUAAUCAACACUUCCUGAAUUCCUUUCCUACCGAUCCACUGCCCAUGUGAUGUUUUAGUGGACUGUAUGUUUGUGUAAAUACGUAUGGGCAUCUUCCAGCAUCUGUCCCAAAAAUAAACCGACUGUUCACG